AUGCCUAUUCUCUUUACUAUCCGCACAGCGCCUCAAGGGGGCGAGUUUCCGCCGGACGCCGAAAACGAGGCUCUGGCGUUGAUGCUCAUGGCUGUGGAAGAGCAGUGCAAAUACAUUGAUGUUGAGAUCGAAUGGUCUCUUGAACUGGUCAAUGCUGUCGUUGAGAAGAAAGGAAGUUCGAAGAUCAUCGCCUCGUUCCAUGAUUGGACUGGUGAUAUACGAUGGACGAGUGACCUCCUGCGGGAGAAGUAUGCCACAGCGGACGCAUUCGGGGAUAUCAUCAAGCUCAGCAUCUUGUCCGCAGAUGUCUAUGACUGCCACGAGCUUGCUCUGUUCGAAAGAAGUCAUUCUUCAAAAAACCCCAAGCCUCUCCUUGCCGUGGGCAUGGGUAAAACGGCCAUUAUUACCGGCGGCAACACUGGACUUGGGUACGAAGCAGCCAUUCAGUUGCUUGGCUUGAAGUUGUCGCACUUAGUCCUUGCCGUCCGCUCCCUCGACAGGGGAGAGGACGCAGCAGCCAAACUCCGCAAGCAGCACCCUGGCGCCAGCAUCGAUGUGUGGCAACUCGACAUGAAUUCGUAUGACUCCAUCCAAGCAUUUGCCCGUCGAGCCGAAGGCCACCCAUCUCGGAUUGACAUCGUCAUUCUCAACGCCGGCAUUAUGAAGAUGUCGUUUUCCAAGAACCCAAGCACUGGGCACGAGGAGACACUGCAGGUCAACUACUUGUCCACGAUGUUACUCGCCAUCCUUCUACUGCCGGUCCUGAAGGCUAAGCGUAAGCCCGACGGCGACCCUGCACACCUAACCGUCGUCAACGCUGCAUUGACGCUCGCCGCAAGCUUCCCCAACAGGGAUGCCAAACCCCUGCUACCGUCCUUUGACGACCCCAAGACAUUCAGCUCCGAAACAUACAACUCGUCCAAGCUUCUGGCUCACAUGUUUCUUUGGAAGCUUUCCGAUAUUGUUUCUGCCGACGACGUCAUCGUCAACCUGUCAGAUCCAGCUUGGUGCAGGGGCACUGCCUUGGGCCGAGAUGCUCCUGGCCUCCUGAGGUGGGGUCUUUGGGCCUUUGGAGCGACGGGCAGAACUCCGAGAGUCGGGGCCUCUUGCUUUGUUGAUGCUGUGGUGAACAAGGGCAAAGAAUCUCAUGGAUGCUUUCUGAUGAGCUGGAGUAUUCACCCAUUUGCUGCCUUCCUUUAUACACAAGAAGGCAAGAAUGUCACAAAACGGCUAUGGGUUGAAACAAUGGAUCAGUUGGAGUUUGCUGGUGCUCGUGGUAUAUUGAAAACGAUGUAG